AUGAAACUUCAUGAAAAAUGUUGUCCAUCAUCAGCUCUCAAGAUACAUUUCAGCUCACCUGAGCACAAAGUGAUCAAGAUGAAGGAAGCAAUUAGGAGAAAAAGGAAGCAAUUAGGGUGCUUGCCCAGGUCGAAGUACGACAUUAUUGUCAGAUGUUUAAACGGAUCGUUCGAUGUCCCUGUGAAGAAACGGACACCUGAAGAGAAUAAUUGUUUGGCCAUGAUUAGAAAACGUAAGGACUUCGAGCUUGGUGACCGGGGUUCUUUAUUGUGUGGCGGAAAGCAAGUCCUUGUGAAAGAAGAUCUUCCUAGAUUUGUUGAGAAGAUGUUCAUGGAAAACAAAGGAUGUGGAGCAAGGGUUAUUUACAACAAACUGAAAGUAAAUUACACGGGGUUCUCGGAACAAGCUAUCCUUGAAAUACUGUACAAUAGCAAGUAUUACCAUGAGAAGUAUCCGAGAUUUACAAACAAGCCAACGCCAAAGACAAUUACAGAAGAGGAACCAGGCAAAAGAUGGCAGAUUGACUUAAUUAACAUGAAAAAUCAAAGUGUUAGCUACAAGGGGUCCACAUACAGUUAUAUUCUACAAGUCGUGGACGUUUAUUCUAGGUACGUUAUGCCAAAACCCCUGAAAACGAAGAGUUCGCGUGAAGUUGCAAAGGCAUUAGAGGACGUGUUGAUGGUUAACCUUGCCCCUGACAUCAUCCAAUGUGACAACGGACUGGAAUUUAAAGGCCCUAGUAUGAAACUUUUGUUGAACAAGUACAACAUCAAAAUGAUCAAUAGUAGGCCGUAUCAUCCUCAAUCACAGGGCAAGUGUGAAAGGUCAAACAGUGUUAUAAAGGCCAAGAUUCUAUUUGCAACAAAAAGUAAACGUGGAUUUAACUGGGUCGAAGGGCUUCAAGAUUUAGCCUAUGCCAUAAACACAAGUUUCAAACGAGUUCUUGGGGGUCUCACGCCCUUUGAAGCCUACUACGGAAGAAGUCAUGUUUUUACCAAAGAACGUCAUAGUUCUCGUGAAAUAAAGAAAACCAUACGGCGAGCAAAUAAAAAGGCUUACAGGUCGCUGUUGAAAAACGCAACUUCCCCAAGCAAGUACAAAUUUGUGUUGGCGAAGGUCGGCAAACCCUUUAGAGAUUUAAUAAGGUCAAUGAGUUUCGAACACCUAGAAUUUACAUUCGGCCGGAUAUUGGACUAG